AUGCCUAAAAAAAAGGGAAAGGGACGUUGUUUCGCCUGCUUUGUCUGUCUGAUGCCACUGAGACCUCCUUUGCGCCGCGCGGUUUCGCCGCCGUGCUCCCUCCUUAAGCGCGGGGGCGGCAAGAACCGCAGACGUGGAAAGAACGAGUCCGACCACGAGAAGCGUGAGCUCACCUUCAAGGAGGACGGUCAGGAGUACGCCCAGGUCGUCAAGAUGCUCGGCAACGGCCGCCUCGAGGCCCUCUGCUUCGACGGCACCAAGCGCCUCGGCAACAUCCGCGGCAAGCUCCGCAAGAAGGUCUGGAUCAACCAGGGCGACAUCAUCCUGCUCUCGCUGCGCGAGUACCAGGACGACAAGGGCGACGUCAUCCUCAAGUACACCGCCGACGAGGCCCGCUCCCUCAAGGCCUACGGCGAGCUGCCCGAGUCGGCCAAGAUCAACGAGACGGACACGUACGGCGCCGAGGGCAACGACGACUGCAACUUUGAGUUUGACGACGACCGCGACGACUCGGACGACGACUCGGACGACACCGAGGACGGCAACAAGGGCAAGAAGGACAUUGCCAUUGAUGACAUUUAA